AUGGCUUCAUUCGAGACUUCGCAGUCUUGGCUGCCUAAACGGCAACGCGCUGAUAGCGGGGAUAGCGCCCGAACGUUGCAGUACGAUGACUAUACGGUUGGGUGGAUCUCUGCCCUCCCGCUCGAGAUGACAGCUGCUCAAGUUAUGCUGGAUCAUAGACAUGAGCCGCUGCACCAGCAUCCACAGGACAGCAACUGUUACGAAUUCGGAAGCAUCAACGGUCAUAACGUGGUCAUUGCCUGUCUACCGAAAGCGCAGUAUGGCAACAACAAUGCGGCUAUCGUUGCAAAUAAUAUGAAUCGGACUUUCCCCUAUCUCCAAUAUCGUGUUCUGGUCGGUAUCGCAGGCGGUGCACCCGGGCCAGUUGACGUACGCCUUGGAGAUGUUGUGGUUAGUACCUAUGCCAUACAAUACGAUCUUGGCAAGGCUAUGCCCAACAAUCACUUUCAGCACAUUGCGGAAGCUAUCAGGCCUCCUUAA